AGAGAGUGCACUACUUUUUGCAUGGAAAGCAAUGUUUCCAAAAGAGGAGUCAAAAAUUAGCCCGACAGAUGUUAGUGCAGCAAUGCUUAACAUGAAAGAUGGAGGUGAUUGGUUCAAGAGGAACUUCAUUGUUCUUAUGGUAUCACUACUGCUUGAGAGCACUCAGAAUGGGUAUGUUAAUCCAAUGAUUAUGAAUCAUUUGGAAGAUGUUGACAAGAUAAAAGAUUUUGAUUGGUGUGACCAUGUGCUGAAUUGUUUAAUUGAUAGUAAAGUGUCAUGGGAGAAGAAGAAAAACAAAGCUUUUACGGGCCCUUUGCUGUUUUUAAUGUUGUUCUAUGUUGACAGAGUGGUGAUGUACAGAAGAAAGGUGGAUAGAAGUUUACCUAUCAUGAAACUGUGGAAUGGGAAACUUCUUCGGGAGAGAGAACUGAUGGAAAUAGAAAGUGGGGGUUUUGGGAUGGGUCGCUGCGAAGGACCAUUCAUUUCGGAACAAUGUAUGCAGAAGGACAAACCACAUGGGGAAGGAGGAAGUGCAGACAGAGUUGAGGUGCAAUAUACUGAUGGUGAUAAUCCUGAGGAAUUUGUGAAGAGAUUCGCUCAGAAAACAAAUCUCUUGGCUGCAACUGUGAUUGAUGUUCUGAACAUGUGUGAACAAGCACCAACAAACUUAAUUGAAAUAGAGAAGUUCAUGAAGAUGCAAGAAGCUGC